CGAAUACCCCGAAUCACUCGAGGACGAAGUCCUGCAAGCGUUCCAAAACGUUGAAAAUGCUCUGCUUGCUGCCGGUGUCGCAGGUAGAUGACAGGCCGUGUACAAGAUGACCUCAUACCAUGUUGGCAACAUAGAAGAAGCUGGUGAAGGGUUGGAAGCGGCUAUGGCGAAAUACUUGAAGGAUAAUAGGCCUGCUUGUUGUGGCGUUUCUGUGACAGGUCUUUCUGGCCCUGCUAGGAUAGAGAUUACCGGGUCGGCUGCAAGGGGCGCCUAGUGGAAUCGCAAGAGAGAAUGGCAUCAUAUGGCUGGGAGAUUGGAGGAACGAAAUUCAGGCGUGAGCAAGCAAGUGUUGGAUCACGUGACUCCAUUUGGCGUACCCGAAUUUCGCAACUUGACGAAGUCACUGUUGAAAUCAGGAUGCAAGAGGAAUUGCUGGAAAGAUCGUAUUGUGAAGAUAGCACAGCGACGAGCUAUAUACCUGGAAAGGCGGGCUGGUAGAGGAGGCUGGGUCCAACCACCAGAAAUUCAACUGUCACCUCC